GUCAGUAGCAGUUCGAUCGCCGAUUCCGUGCCACCGAGACGGAGACAGUUGAUCGACGUCGAAUAAUCGUCGAUCAUCGAGCCAAUAAAAUAUAAUUUCCCCGACCAAAUAGAAUAUCCAUAAAAAUGCGUUUGCUGCACGUGAUCAGUCUGACAGCUGUGUUAUGUUGUGUAUCGUCAUCAAGACAGGACUUUCUGACGAAAUCCUUCAAUGAGUGCGUCGGAGCUGAUUCCUGGUCGACGUGUUUGAAGCACGAGGUGCUUGGUUACCUCGACGAACAAUUGGGAACAACAACGGAGGCUCGAUCAUUGGAGACAGUCGACGAAGCGCUUGUUGUGAGAAGCGUCAAGUACCUGAAGAGCUUUGACUACGGCGUGGAUCUUCCAUUCGUCGACGCUAAGCUCAGUUACCGACCGAGUCGGAGUCUGGCAGAUCUUGAUGUUGAAUUCAAGAACAGCGAGGCUGUCACUAGCCAGGCAAGGGGACUUCUCAAGAAGAAACUUUUACUGCCAUUUUUGGUGCUUUUAAAGCUGAAGAUGAAAGCGCUGAUGCCGAUUUUCGUUGCUCUGAUUGGAUUGAAAGCUAUGAAGGCGCUGAUUCUGUCUAAAGUGGCGCUCUUGGUGGUGGUCGCAUUUGUUGCACUCCAAUUCUUCAAGAAGGGUGGCAUGGCUCCUCCUAUGGGAAUGUCGAUGGAACCGGCUCCUGCCAGUACUUAUGGUGCCCCAAUAGUGCCCACUACCACAUCUGGAUAUGAACCCAUCAAUACGUGGGAUGGUAACGGGCCUUAUUCCAGAGUAUGGACCCCCAGUGAUGCCCAGAAUCUCGCUUACAACUACUAUUCACCAAGUAGUAGCAGUGGAAGCUCCUCCAGUUCUUAUGGUGCACCAUCAAUUUCAUCAUCUUCAUCAUCGUCAAGUAGCUCAGGAUCGUAAUUCACUGGAAUGACAGGGGCUCGGCCAAAGACACGCACGCCAAAUAAUUUCAGAUGGAUCAUUCAAAAUAUUUGAUGUACUCGAGAGUGAGCCACUUAGAAUGGGAUUCAUUGCCAUUUCAUGAAGAUUCAGUCUGUCGACUUAAGCUAUUGUACAGUUGAAUUUCUUCCCUCCGUUGAUUGAGGUGUAGCAUAAUUAUUUAUACUUGUGAAAUAAUUAUAAAUUAAUAGGACUGCGUCUCAGUUUAUUCAAUGGCACUUUUGUUAUUAUUUAUUCGGCGAUGGAAAUUGUCGCUGUGCAUUUGUUAAUAAACACGGUUUUAGAAAUAUAUAAUAAAUGAUUAUGAUGCAACGGA